GUGGUGGUGUCAACUCAGCUGCGCCGUUCUGGCAAAACUGGCAAUUUACACAGCUAGUGGAGUUCUUCUGGUUCAGCUGCAGGAGAUGUACCCUACCCAGAUUCGCACCCUGGCUAUGGGUCUCUACGUCACCAUAAGCAGGAUCGGAGCCAUGACAGCACCGUUUACGAAAGAAUUGGGCGUCAUCUUCGACGCGUGGGUUCCGAGGGCAGUGGACUCGUCUGCGUGUGCUCUGCUGGUCUUACUAGGCAUGUGCCUUCCAGAGACGUUAAACCUGGAAUUUCCGGAUACAAUAGAAGACGUCAAGCAGCGCAGUGUUAGGAAGCACCAGUCAAGUCCUUCGGAGACGGAUCCUUUGUGCGGGGAAACAAUCACUAGCCUGUAAAAAUAAACAGAAAGCACGUCAAAAUAGGGGCUCUAUCUGGAUAGGAUGCAUCAACGGGAAGCCUUGAAGCACGCAGUCCGUGUUCGCUCUACUAUCAUCCUGCUCAAUAAAGGAACAUCCG